AGGUGGUCUCAGCCCCUGAGUUCCGAGGGUCUGGGAUUCGGCGUAGGUCCCCGGGGAAUGUUGAGAGCUGGCAGCAUGUCCGCAGAGCUGGGAGUCGGGUUCGCACUGCGGGCAGUGAACGAGCGCGUGCAGCAGGCUGUGGCGAGGCGGCCAAGGGAUCUCCCAGCCAUCCAGCCCCGGCUAGUAGCAGUCAGCAAAACCAAACCAGCAGAUAUGGUGAUUGAGGCCUAUGGUCAUGGCCAGCGCACUUUUGGAGAGAACUAUGUUCAGGAACUGCUAGAAAAAGCAUCAAAUCCUAAAAUUCUGUCUUCAUGUCCUGAGAUCAAAUGGCACUUCAUUGGCCACCUACAGAAACAAAAUGUCAACAAAUUGAUGGCUGUCCCCAACCUCUUCAUGCUGGAAACAGUGGAUUCUAUGAAGUUAGCAGACAAAGUGAACAGUUCCUGGCAGAAAAAAGGUUCUCCUGAAAGGUUGAAGGUUAUGGUCCAGAUUAACACCAGUGGAGAGGACAGUAAACAUGGCCUUCCACCUUCAGAGACAAUAGCCAUGGUGGAACACAUAAAUGCCAAGUGUCCCAGCCUGGAAUUCGUGGGACUGAUGACCAUAGGAAGCUUUGGGCAUGAUCUUAAUCAAGGACCAAAUCCCGACUUCCAGGUGUUACUGUCCCUGCGAGAGGAGCUGUGUAGAAAGCUGAGCAUCCCCACCGACCAGGUUGAGCUGAGCAUGGGCAUGUCCAUGGACUUCCAGCAUGCAAUUGAAGUAGGAUCUACAAAUGUCCGGAUAGGAAGCACCAUUUUUGGAGCACGGGAUUUCUCAAAGAAACCUGCCCUGGACAAGAGUACAGCAGACCUAAAGGCCCCAGUGGGGGUAGCACAGGAACACUGAGCCAAGGACAACCAAGAGGACUAACUAUGCACUAACCGUGAUUCUCAUUUUGAUAUUUGCCAUAUUAAGCCCAGUCAUGCUCUCUUGUGACCUUGAUAGAGCGCUGAUGAUUACAUGUGUUGAUGGAAACCAUCUGACAUAGGAAAGCUUGCCUCAAGCAAUGGUUUUGGAUUAAAUUUGAGAAAUCCAGUCUCUUCUACAGAGCAGAUACCAAAUCAGUAGCUGGAAAGUGAGUUUAAUGUUGAAUUCUAUAGACAAGCACCAACCAAUCUGUGAAUCUCUUUUUCUAGUUAAAAUUUGAGUCACUGAGCCAAAGGUAGUGGCAUACACCUAUAAUCCCAGCUACUGGGGGAGUCUGAGACAGAAGUAUCACAAGUUGGAGGCCAGUCUAUGUAACUUAGACCCUUAGCAAGUCUCAAAAUAAAAAGGGCUGGGUAUUAGCUUAGUGGAAAAGCACUUGCCUAGCAUGUGGGAGGACCUAGAUUCAAUCCCCAGUACUGGGGUGGGGGGUGUCACUGAUGCCUAUAAUUAUGGAAGUCAGAGGGAUUCCCCCACCCUCCUCCCACUUUAAUAGGAAAUUCCUAUGAUUAUAACUUGCUACAAGUCCCUACUUAAUGGUAACAUUACUUUGCUGUUCAGUAGAUAGGGAAGGUAUUUGCUGUUCUGGAAUGUCAAUGCAGGUAACAUAAAGAGUGGCUCAAAUUAAGGCUCAAAACACAAUUUCUGCUAGGGAGAGGUUGUGUCAUUGACCACUGUGAUAAUGACCCUGAAAUUAUAAGGGUUAACUGUAAAUAAGACUUUGGUCUUUCUGUCAUCUUCCUGAACAGAUAGGGUUUUGAGCUUUUUCCUUUAGAACCUACAGUGAUAGAAUUUAAUACAAUUUCUCCUCCACCAUAACCCUCUUUCUGGUGAUUUUUUUAGCAAAAAAAAAAUAGUGAAUUUCACCCCUCCUCCAAAAUGAAAGUUCUAGCCAGGCAUGGUGGUGCACACCUGUGAUCCCAGCCACUGGGGAGCCUAAGGCAGGAGGAUCCUAAGUUCAAAGCCCACCUUGGUAAUUUAGCGAGAUCAUGUCUCAAAAUAAAAAAGGGCUGGGGGUAUAGCUCAGUAGUAGAGCACUUCCCUGGCAUGCACAAGUCCCUGGAUUCUAUUCCCAGUACUUGAGGUAGUGGGGAUGGAGUCUUUAAAGCCAGUUCAGGCACAUGGUUUCAACAGCACCUUCCUUUGACCUUCCCUUUCUAAGGGAGCAUUUUCUAGGCAUAUUUACAGCUCCCCACUGAAUUUAUAAGCCAGAAUUUUGCAGCUCUUCUUGAUUGUUAAUAAAGUAUUGAUGUCUUCAAAAGUCAGAAAACACAAUUCUCUAAUAGUCAUGACAAAUGGCUUCAGUGUGGGUUGUUGUUUAUUUUCUAGAUAGCUUUUUCUCUUAUUUAUUCAAGUCCUAGUCUUUAAUUUUAUGAAAUAACUUUGAGAACAUGAUGCUGCUGCUGAAUGUAAUUUUUGUAACACACCAUUAUGAUUCCUGUACUGUUUCAAUCAGAGCUAUAGUGUGAUAUUUCAGAGUCUGUUAAAUAAAAAUGUGAGUUUGAAUUAUACCAUCUGUGCCAAUUACAAAGCAAUUAAAAGAUUUAUUUUUUAUGA